AUGAACGACCCGUGCGAAAGAAUCAUAAGAGAUCUGAAAAUAAAGAUCGUCGCGUGGUCUGACGUGUUGCAAACUAUUGAAACGUCCGGCGAACACGAUGACUUUCUGCAACGCUGUGAAAGCAAUGACCUUGUUCCCGGAGUUUAUGAAGCUAUUACUUUAUGGCGAAUUAAUCGUCACUAUUCGAAUUUCUUUGCAAUGUUUCUUCAAGGAGGUCUGAAGAUCUGGGAAUGUUCUAUCGAUAUGUGUGAAUUUCUCGCCGACCCUAUGAAUAUAGACAUGUGCGAGCACAAGCGGGUGUUGGAAUUGGGAUGUGGAGCAGGUAUUCCGGGUAUCGUUUGUUUGUUGAAAGGAGCUGUCGAAGUCUGCUUUCAAGAUUUUAACACAGAAGUCUUGAACUACUUUACGAAAGCCAACGUAGCACUGAACUGCGAUGACCCCGCUACGCGGACCAACUUUGUCGCUUCGGACUGGUCUAAACUGCACGAGACUUUAAACCACCGCAAGUUUGACCUAAUAUUGUCCUGCGAAACGAUCUACAACACUACAAACUACAGUGCACUUUACAACGCGUUUAGUGAAUACCUGGCACCGGACGGCACCUUCAUACUAGCAGCCAAAAACUACUAUUUUGGGAUCGGUGGCAGCAUAAAAUCGUUCGUACAGUUCGUCGAAUCGAGGAACAUCUUCCGGGCAGAGGUCGUCUGGAGGUCAACUGACGCAUCCAUCAGUCGACAGAUCGUUCGAUUUCGUCGUUAUGACCAUUGA